AUGAAACCGAAACACUGGUGUGGGAUGACCGCCAAAAUGGGCACCGUGUUAUCAGGGGUCUUCACUAUCAUAGCCACCAACAUGUACCUCAUCUUCGAGCAGAAGUACAUAAGGAGCAGCAAUUGCACUGACAUUAACCCAGGGGACAGGAGGAUACGUUCCCUAAUAAGUCACUUCAUCGCCUGUUGGGGUUUCAAUAUCAUUAUCUUCCUGUCUUGCAUCACCAUCAUCAUCAGCUGCUUGCUCAUAUACUCAGUAUAUGCCCAGAAGUACAAGGGCAUGGUGAUCUACAUCAUCUGGAUCUUUUUCUAUGAAGCCGUGAACAUUGUAAUACAAAUCCUCACCACCAAUAACACGGGCGUUGUAGAGGUUAGAGUCAUGCGCUGGUUUGGCUUGGUGUCCCGUAUAAUCAUGCACUGUUUCUGGAUCUUCUUUGUCAUGACUUAUGCCCAGAUAAUCUACAAGAGUAAUAGCCAGGGCACUAUCAUUUCCUACAGCAGACGGAUUUCUACAAGCAACCGAGACUUCCCACGGCGGAAAUCAAAGAUAAUCAGCCAUAUCCGACACUAGAAUGAAUGGAUAACCUUGGCCCUUUUCUCUCUUGAGAGGCGGGUCUCCCAGAUUCUCCAUGGUAGUUCUCUUUUCAUCUCUUCCCUUUUCGUCUAUUCAGAAAGUAGAGACCCUACUGCCACUCUUUCUGGGGAUUGUGCAGAGAAAUGUGAUUAGGGUCACACCUGGAACAUCUGUUCAUUGAGGAUGUUUAGUUAAAGGUCAUUGUUAUUUAUCAAGCACUCCUUGAGUGGCUCCUUCUUUUUUCUGGUCAUUACCAUCUUUUUGGGCAACAUGAAGAGGGCAAGGGAAUGAAACAAAGUUGAAUUGCACUCUGGCAAUCCGUUCAUCAACCUUCAACCCAUAGCUCUCUAAUUUAACCCUGGGACUGGCAAAUCUAUAUUUAUACCUUAGAUUGUUGAAGCACAAAGGAUACUGUUGUUGUCUUGGGGUGGCUUUGUGCCAUUGUUUUUCUCCC